CACUCCACUCCAUCUCCCCCUCCGGCGACUGCACCUCCACCUCCGGCGACUGCACUUCCAGCUUCCAGCUCCGGCGACCACAACGUGUUUUGUUCCACCUUUCAUUACACCUAAAUCCUUCAUGGGUCUUCCACCUUUCAUUACACCUAUUACCCCCUGUUAAUUCUGAAAGUAAUCUCCCUCAACCCACAAACCUCGGAUUGUUUGUUCUUCACUGUCGUAUGUUUCGCAUAAUGUCGUCUCCACUAACAGAUUAAAAACCCAAGAUACAAAGAAAGGCCGAGUUAUGGGCUCAAGAUGAACCAAGUCAAAAACAAGUCCAAUUUAAUUAACCCUCAUAACAUAAUAACGUAAUUAACGGGUAACCAACUCGACGUCGUUUUCAUCUGGAAGCAAGCAUUCACCGACCUUUCUAUCUGGACGCGCCACGUCACCACCUUCUUCAACCGCCACGUUUCAAACUCCUAAAUUCAUAUAUACCAAACCACACUUUUCUUUCUACACUCAUCCAUCUCAACUGCUUGCUUGCUAAUCAAAUGCCGAUGAUGAACGAUCAAUUAAACACCGGUGAUGAGUGUGUUGUUAACUCCGACGACGGUUGUGAUCUAAUUGUGGGUAUCUAUCCUCUCAGCAACUAUUUCUUCAGUUCAAAACCUCCUCCUCCUCCUGCUGCUGCAGUUAAGGACGAAACGUUAGCCGAUCGUGCGUUACGGUUGAAAUCGAAGUAUGAAGAUGUUCAUGGAAUGAGGAAUUCUGUAGAGGCGGUCAUUUUGGUGGAACUAUUCAAGCAUCCUCAUGUGUUGUUGCUACAAUCCAAAAACUGCAUAUAUAAGCUUCCUGGUGGCCGCUUAAGACCAGGUGAAUCUGAUGUCAAUGGCUUAAAACGUAAGCUCUUGAGCAAACUAUCUGCCGAUGAUGAUAGCCAUCGAACCGAUUGGGAGGUUGGUGAAUGCAUUGGAACAUGGUGGAAAUCCGACUUUGAAACACUACCUUACCCGUAUAUGCCUUCAAGUGGCAAAAUCCCCAAGGAGUGCACUAAACUCUACCUUGUGAAGUUGCCAUCGAAUCAGGACUUCAUCGUGCCUAAAAAUUUCAAGUUAUUAGCUGUUCCAAUAUGCCAACUUCACGAAAAUCGCAAGACCUAUGGAUCGAUAAUAGCGGGGAUUCCACAGUUGCUUUCAAGGUUUUCUAUCAACAUGAUACCAUCUUAAAAAUAAUAAUACAUAUUGUAUCUUUUUAUACAAGACAGUCGGGUUUGCUUUGAUAUACGGCGAAAGGUUAGAUGUCAUAGGAGAGUGUGUGGGUCGAUUUCGGGUCAAGGGAUAGUAGUUGACUGUAUUGUAUUGGCUAUAGUCGAAGGUACUUCUUUAUUUGUGUGCAUAUAUAUAUAUUUUUUUGUGAGAUAGAAAAGUAUACUUGUAUUGAUGUGAUACAUAUGUAAUGUUAUGUAGUUAUAUUUGGAAA